CAAAUCGGUUGUGUGGAUCCUGACACCUUUUUUUUCUUUCUAGAGGUUACAGGAACAGACGUGUGUAGCGUAACGGGUUUUUGGCUUGCUGCACCAUGUAGCUACAGACACUUAUGAAUGUGCUUUUUGCAAACACCCUGCAUACUUUGUAUGUAGGUUCAGUUGUGCGUCUGUGCAUGCGAGCGUAUGCGUGUGUCAGUGUGCAUUCCAUUAUUAUGCUGUUGAUUAUUAGGCCUCCUUCCUUCCACAUGGUCCCAUGGGGUACGUGUGAAUAAAUGCAUUCCGUGUGUUUCUCUGCACGCUCGCGCUUUCAUAUUUCUCUUACGCCCGCGUAGAGGAUAUUUGCAUGAAAUGUUUGCUUCUGUGGGGGCUGCUCUCUCACGUCAGUACAUUGCGUCUUGCUUUGUCUGAUUUCUUUGUGCAUGUAAGUAUAUGAGAACGUAUUGUGUGAGAACGUAAACGCGCGCGCGUUUGAUUUAGACAUCAAUGAUUUAGCCUGCAUAGCGUCAUACUCAGAAUUCAUAUUUUCAUCCCUCUCUAAUGCUCUCUGCGGCAGGCAUAUCACUGCACUUUAACUGCCGUUGUGUAAAACGCAAACUCGGCAGCACACACACACACACACUCAGUGAAUUCCGCAUUUGCUUAUUCUCACACGUGAGAGAUGUGCAUGUUGCUAGCCGCUGCGUCUUGUACCGUGUUUAUUGAAACACGUUCGGCGGACUGUAUGGAACCGUACGUCACUGAUCCGUUAUGCCAAGGCGUGUUGGCUGGAGAUCAGCAUCGCCGUAAACGUCAAUCAUUUCAUUCACAAUGGGACUGAAGAUCAGUGUACCAGCGUCUCUUGGCUCCCCAGCAGCCCCUGUGUUGGACCAUACAGAGCUCGUGGCAUAUUAAGUGAUUCUUUAUCAAAUAUUAGAAGGGAAGUGAAAGCAGCUGCUCGUUUUAGAGGGGACUGAAGAUUGAAGGCAGAUUUCCUGUCUCAGGCUAUCCAAAACGGAGUGUCUGAGGUUAUGGAGGAGGAAAGCAACUUGAAGAAACGAAAACGCGAUCAACAAGGUAACCAGGGCUCUGAGACUGGUCAGGAGGUGGUGGAGAAGGUCAAAAAGCGACGGGGUCGACCUCCUGCUGAGAAGCUGCCACCCAACCCUCCCAAGCUCACAAAACAGAUGAACACCAUCGUAGACAUGGUCAUAAACUACAAGGACACGUUGGGCCGACAGAUCAGUAAAGGUUUCAUUCAGCUGCCCUCCAGAAAAGAGGUGCCAGAGCACUAUGAGCUCAUCCGCAAGCCAGUCGACUUCAGGAGGAUCAGGGAGAGAGUGCGUAAUCACAAAUACAGGUGCAUUGCAGACCUGGAAAAGGAUAUUAUGCAGAUGUGCCACAAUGCUCAGACGUUUAAUCUGGAAGGAUCUCAGAUUUUUGAGGACUCCAUUGUUUUGAAGUCUGUUUUUGAGAGUGCAAGACAGCGAAUAGUGGAACUCAGCGAGGAAGACAAUGAUGCUGUUGGAAGCAGUGAAGUAGAUGGUGGCCGUCUUUUAAAUCUAGAGCAGACAACAAAUCCCAAGUUGGAUGAAAAAAAGGAGAAAAAUAAAACCAGUCCUAGUAAUUCCAGCCCAAAGGAGGUCACAAACAGUGACGUAGACAUUGGAAAAGAAUUUGAGAAUAACACAAGAGGACUAUUAAAUUAGACCCCAAAUGACAGCUUCAUAUAACGAGCAUUGUAUGCCAUUUUAAGA